UAUUUCUGUUUAAUCAAUACUCUGCGAAGAGUUUGAGGCUAUAAAAUAUUUAGCCAAAUUCUAGACUAAAACGUUUUACUAAAACGGGUCACCGGCGUUGCUGUCAGGCAUUGAAAACGAUUUGAUUUAUUAAUCUGCUUUAAAACCCACAUGAACUGUGCUAAAAGCGAACUAGCAUUAAUGACACUCGCCAUUGCAUCGAUACUGAGCUAGCUAAAAGCUGCAGAUCUAUCUCAAUAACGCUAGUAACUUACAUAAUUGCUAUCUGUUGUUGGAACAAACUAGAUUAAUGGCAAAAAGUGCCAAAAAGAAUCCUGCUACUUUCAAAGUGUAUAGUCAGUUCGUGGCAAAAAGCUUUGUGUUCCCACUGGACAGAGAUGCCGACAAGGAAACGGAAGCUCGUCGCCGAACGGCAGGACGGCAAUGGAAGUGAAUCGCCCCCAUCUAUGAAGGCAACGGCUCCUGCAGCUGAAAGCAUUGCUGAGACAACUUUUACUAGCCAAUACUUCUCCAACGAGCGUGAAUGUUACGUCAGGCUCGGAGAGAAAUUCUUUGACCAACCGUGUAUCCGUCUCGCCAAAGCAUUCUUGGGUAAAGUGCUGGUGCGGAGGUGUGCUGACGGGACGGAGCUGAGGGGCAGGGUGGUGGAGACGGAGGCGUACCUAGGGGGCGAGGACCGUGCGUCGCACUCAGCCGGCGGCCGACGCACCCAACGGAACGCCGCCAUGUUCAUGAAGCCCGGCACCGUCUACGUCUACCAGAUCUACGGCAUCUACCUCUGCAUGAAUGUGUCCAGUCAGGAGGAGGGCGCUGCGGUGCUGCUGCGCUCCCUGGAGCCCCUGCAGGGACAGGAAGUGAUGCGGGGUCUGCGGGGGGCCCGGCGGAGGGAGGGCUCGCGACCCCUGAAGGAGAAGGAGCUGUGCAACGGGCCGUCCAAGCUGUGCCAGGCGCUGGACAUCCCCCGCCACUUCGAUCAGCGCGACCUGGCCACCGACGCCGAGGUCUGGCUGGAGGGCCGUGAGGAGGAGGAGGAGGAGGAGGAGGAGGAGACCCCCGGCGUGGUGUCAGCCCCCCGGAUCGGGAUCCAAUCCCACGGGGAGUGGGCCACCAAGCCGCUGCGCUUUUACCUGAGAGGCCACCCCUGCGUGAGUGUGCUGGACAAACAGGCAGAGAGGCAGACGCCUUAGCACCCUGGGCUUGUGGUUACACACGCACUCCACCAGGGGGAGACAGAGGAUUUUGUCACCACAUUUGUUUUCUAUGGCUAUUCCUAAGCACUAUGUAUUUGAGGAUUCCAAAGGUAAACUCAUUUUUUAAAAUUAAAAAUAGUUUUUCUUUU